AUGUGUGACGACGAUGUUGCGGCUCUUGUCGUUGACAAUGGAUCCGGUAUGUGCAAAGCUGGAUUCGCCGGAGAUGACGCACCCCGUGCCGUCUUCCCCUCAAUCGUCGGUCGCCCAAGGCAUCAAGGUGUCAUGGUUGGUAUGGGACAAAAAGACUCAUACGUAGGAGAUGAAGCCCAAAGCAAAAGAGGUAUCCUCACUUUGAAAUACCCCAUUGAACACGGUAUCAUCACCAACUGGGAUGACAUGGAAAAAAUCUGGCAUCACACUUUCUACAAUGAACUCCGUGUAGCUCCAGAAGAACACCCAGUCCUCCUCACUGAAGCUCCACUCAACCCCAAAGCCAACAGAGAAAAGAUGACCCAAAUCAUGUUUGAAACCUUCAACACACCCGCCAUGUAUGUAGCCAUCCAAGCCGUACUCUCCUUGUACGCUUCUGGUCGUACCACCGGUAUUGUAUUGGACUCUGGAGAUGGUGUCACCCACACCGUACCAAUCUACGAAGGUUAUGCUCUUCCCCACGCCAUCCUCCGUUUGGACUUGGCCGGUCGUGACUUGACCGACUACCUCAUGAAGAUUCUUACUGAAAGAGGUUACUCAUUCACCACCACCGCUGAAAGGGAAAUUGUCCGUGACAUUAAAGAAAAACUCUGCUAUGUCGCCCUCGACUUCGAACAGGAAAUGGCCACCGCUGCUGCUUCCACCUCCCUCGAAAAGAGCUACGAAUUGCCUGAUGGACAAGUCAUCACCAUUGGUAACGAAAGAUUCCGUUGCCCUGAAGCCCUCUUCCAACCUUCCUUCUUGGGUAUGGAAUCUUGCGGUAUCCACGAAACCGUAUACAACUCCAUCAUGAAGUGCGACGUUGAUAUCCGUAAGGACUUGUACGCCAACACUGUUCUUUCUGGAGGUACCACCAUGUACCCAGGUAUUGCCGACAGAAUGCAAAAGGAAAUCACCGCCCUUGCUCCAUCCACCAUCAAGAUCAAGAUCAUCGCUCCCCCAGAAAGGAAAUACUCCGUCUGGAUCGGUGGAUCCAUCUUGGCCUCCCUCUCCACCUUCCAACAGAUGUGGAUCUCCAAACAAGAAUACGACGAAUCCGGCCCUGGAAUUGUCCACCGCAAGUGCUUCUAA